AUGGCAUCUUGUGAUAUAGCAGAACAUCCUACAUCACGUAACAUCAAGAUUGAUUUAAUUGAAAAUAUUUAUAACGCAGGUAGCAUUGUUUGGGCAUACGUCAAAGGCUACCCAUGGUGGCCUGGUAUUAUUAACGACUGUCCUGAUACUUGCACAUAUUACAAAUUACCUAAAAAUUCCUCUAAACCUAGCAAAUACUACGUCACAUUUUUUAAUGAAGGAAAACUUGAAGCUAAUUGGAUUCUGAAACGAAAUCUUAAACCACUUGCGACAAAUAAAUAUAGUACACUUAUUAAAAAGACAAAGUUUAAUGGAGUUGAUUACCAACAGCUCUUACAAAAAGCACACAAAAUAGCUACAGAUGCUCUUGCAUUAUCAAUUUUAGAAAGGUUAAGAAGAUUCAGCUUUUUGGCACUAUAUGAAAAGUUUUAUGACAUUAAUAACAAUUCAACACAAUUAAUUAGCAACACUACAAGAACCGAUAUUUUAUCAGAAAUGGAUACAAAUUCAGAUGAUGAAAUAUCCUGUUCACAUCCCAUAAACAAGCAUUACACUUUGAAAGAGUAUUAUUUAGAAGUAAUAUGUAAAAAUCGAAACGCAUUAAGUAACGUUGCGAAGUAAUUUUUAUCGUAAAUUCAAAAACAAUAAAUACAUUGAUGUUAUAAAAUAAAUGAUUAAUAUGUAUGUAUAUUCGUUGCAGUCAAACAUUAUUCGACAUAAUAGCAAUUAUAUAUUAAAUAUA